AUGGAGCACCAGACACUUGUUGUAGACAAUGGCACUGGCUUUGUAAAGUGCGGUUAUGCCGGUUCCAACUUUCCCGAGCACGUAUUCCCCAGUGUUGUCGGUCGACCCAUCUUGCGAGCAGAAGAACAAAUCGGCAAUGUGCAAGUCAGGGACAUCAUGAUUGGCGAGGAAGCUGCAGCUCUUCGUAAUAUCCUACAAAUGUCGUACCCCAUGGAGAAUGGUAUUAUCCGCAACUGGGAGGAUAUGCGCCACCUAUGGAACUAUACCUUCAACGAGAAGCUCAAAGUCGACCCUCGCGAGUGUAAGAUCUUGUUGACCGAAGCACCCUUGAAUCCACGUGCCAACCGUGAAACUAUGGCCCAAAUCAUGUUUGAAGAAUAUGGUUUCCAAGGCAUCUACGUCGCCAUCCAAGCCGUCCUCACUCUUUUUGCCCAAGGUCUUAUGUCAGGUGUGGUUGUCGAUUCUGGUGAUGGUGUAACCCACAUUGUUCCUGUUUAUCAAGGCUAUGCGCCAACGAACUUGACACGCCGUUUGGAUGUAGCAGGUCGUCACGUCACCAGAUACUUGAUUGAUUUGCUCUUGCGUCGUGGUUAUGCAUUCAACCGUACCGCUGAUUUUGAGACCGUGCGACAACUCAAAGAGAAGCUUUGCUAUGUCAGCUAUGACCUGAGUAUGGAUCAAAAGCUUGGAAAUGAGACCACCACACUUGUAGAGACUUAUGAGCUUCCUGAUGGUCGAGUGAUCAAGGUUGGCUCUGAGCGAUUCGAGGCACCUGAAUGUUUGUUCCAGCCACAUCUCGUUGAUGUUGAAGGCAAGGGCAUGGCAGAACUCUUGUUUGAUACUAUCCAAUCUGCUGAUAUUGAUAUGCGAGCUGAUUUGUACAAGCACAUUGUGUUGUCUGGUGGUUCAACCAUGUAUCCUGGUCUUCCUAGUCGUUUGGAGAAGGAAAUGAAGCAGUUAUACCUUGUCAAUGUGCUGAAUGGUGAUCCCAGCCGAUUGAACAAAUUCAAGAUCCGUAUUGAAGAUCCUCCAAGACGUCGUCAUAUGGUUUACCUUGGUGGUGCUGUGCUGGCAGAUAUCAUGAAGAACAAGGAUUCUUGGUGGGUCACCAAGCAAGAAUGGGAAGAAAUGGGCCCUCGUGCAUUAGACAAGAUGGGUGUUCUUGGAUCCACUGCUUAA